UUGACCUUGUGGGCGGACCGGGGGAAAGGAAGCUGGAAGUCCGGGGGGCAUCCAGGGGAGCUCGGGAUGGAGCAUCUGGAGGUUGCUGAGGGGUCAGCGAGGCUGCAGUGCGGAGGCGGGAGCCUGGACUUCUCAAGACCAUGCCCUUCCCAGGGUAGGAGCAUAAAGGAAGGAAUGACCUCUGGGCUGCUGACAGCCAGGUUCCAGCACCCGGUGACCUUCAGAGAUGUGGCCGUGGACUUCUCCUCCGAGGAGUGGAGACGCCUGAGCCCGGCCCAGAGGGCCCUGUACAGGGACGUGAUGCUGGAGAACUAUAAGAACCUGGUGUCUUUGGGGCUUUCAGUUUGCAAACCAGAUGUCAUCUCCCAGUUGGAGAAAGAUGGGCCGUGGACGCCUGAGGGAGGAUUCCCGAGUGGCCCUUACCCAGAUUCUUUUAAUCAGGAGAGUAGGUAUGAAAAUGAGGACUCAAUUCUGACUGAGGACACUCGCCUGGAUGCUUUGACCAAGGAAAAAGGACCACAGGACAAUCCCUGGUAUCUCAACAUAGGAGAAUCUGGGGAAUGCGAGGCCAGCCUUGAGAGCCAGAAGGGCCCCCAGGAAGGAGAGUCCCAGGAAGUAACAGUCACCCACAAAGGAACAUUGUAUAAAGCAAAUGUUCUUGAUUGUAAUUCCUUUGUGAGACAUUUUAGUGUGGGGCCAAUCUUUUUUCCACAAUGGAGAGCUGCCAUAGGAAAAAGUCUUCAUAAACAUAAUACACUUGGAAAGAACUGCAGACAGUUUUCAGACAGAAUUCAGUGUAAUGCAGUUGCCUCAGGGAAAAAACUUAACAUGCAUAACACAGACAGGAAGACAUUCAGUUACCGCUCAGACCUCAUCAAAUGUCAUAGAACCUGUGCUAGUGAAAAACUGUAUGAAUAUAAUGACUGUGAAAAAGCCUUCGACAAAAGAGCAAAUCUUACUGAACAUCAGAGUGUUCAUACUAGAGACAAACUCUUUGAAUGUGAUGAAUGUGGGAAAGGCUUCAGACGAAAGCAUUACCUUAAAAGCCAUCAGAGAAUUCAUACUGGAGUGAAACCCUUUGAAUGUAAUGAAUGUGGAAAAGCCUUCAAUGACAGUCGGAACCUAAUUAGACACCAGAAAAUUCAUAGCGGAGUGAAACCCUUUGAAUGUAAUGAGUGUGGGAAAGCUUUUAAUGAGAGGCAGACCCUUAUUAGGCAUGAGAGAACUCAUUCUGGAGUGAAACCCUUUAAAUGUAAUGAAUGUGAAAAGGCCUUUGGCUGGAGGGAAAACCUCAUUAGCCAUCAGGGAACUCAUACAGGGAUCAAACCCUUUGAAUGUAAUGAAUGUGGGAAAGGCUUCAGACGAAAGCAUUACCUUAAAAGCCAUCAGAGAACUCAUAUUGGAGUGAAACCCUUUGAAUGUAACGAAUGUGGAAAAGCCUUCAAUGAUAGUCGGAACCUUAUUAGACACCAGAAAAUUCAUACCGGAGUGAAGCCUUUUGAAUGUAAUGUAUGUGGGAAAGCCUUCAAUGAGAGGCAGACCCUUAUUAGACAUGAGAGAACUCAUACUGGUGUCAAACCCUUUGAAUGUAAUGAAUGUGAAAAAGCUUUUAUGAGGAAGGAUUGUCUUAAAAGCCAUCAGAGAACUCAUACUGGAGUGAAACCCUUUGAAUGUAAUGAAUGUGGGAAAGCCUUUAGUCAGAAGGGACACUUUAUUAUCCAUCAGAGAACCCACACUGGAGUGAAACCCUUUAAAUGUAAUGAAUGUGGGAAAGCUUUCAAUGACAGGCAGUCCCUUAUUAGACAUCAGAGAACCCAUACUGGAGUCAAACCCUUUAAGUGCAAUGAAUGUGGGAAAGCCUUCAAUGACAGACAGAAUCUUAUUAGACAUCUGAGGACUCAUACUGGAGUCAAACCCUUUGAAUGUAAUGAAUGUGGAAGAGCCUUCAAUGACAGGCAGAAUCUUAUUAGACAUCAGAGAAUUCAUACUGGGGGGAAGCCCUUUGAAUGUAAUGAAUGUGGGAAAGCCUUCAGUGCCAGCCAGAACCUUAUAAGACAUCAGAGAAUUCAUACCGUAGGGAAACCCUUUGAAUGCAAUGAAUGUGGGAAAUCUUUUAGUCAGAAAGGACACCUUAUUAGUCAUCAGACAAUUCAUACUGGAGCAAGAGCCUUUGAAUGUAAUGAAUGUGGGAAAGCCUUCAGCCAAAGAGGAAGCCUCAAUAGACAUCAGAGAACUCAUACUGGAAUGUAGCCCUUCGAAUAUAAGGGAUGUAGGAAAAAAGCCUUCAGGCAUAAGGAAUACCUUAAAAGCCAUCAGAGCUCAUAUUGGGGUGAAAUCUGUUUAAUGUGGGGAUGUCUUCAGCCAUACAAGAGGCCUUAUUUAUCAUCAGAGAACCUCAUACUGUAGUGAAACCACUUGAAUGCAACAAAUGUGGGAAAGCUUUCCAUGAAACAGACCAUUAUUAGACACCAUAUAAGUCAUACUGGAGUGAAUGUAAUAAGAGUGGAGAAGCCACCAGUGAGAGGUGGACCCUUAGUAGGCAUAAUAGGACUCAUGCUAGAGGGAAACUUUAAAUGUAAUGAAUGGAAAAACCCUCAGAUCCUAGAGAUGCCUUAUUACUCAAACUGGAGAGAACUCCUUUUAAUCCAGUGAAUGUGGGAAAGACUUCAACAGGAAGGGUUACUACCAGAGAACUCAUUCUGGAAUGAUGCCCUUUUAAUGUAAUAAAGGUGGGAAAGCCCUUAUUAGCCACCAUCAGACUCAUGUUGACCUAAAAUCCAUUGAAUCAAUAAAUAAGGAAUUCACUAAGCACUCACUCAGUGAGGCUGAGAUUCUGAGUUUUCCUCCAGACAACAUGCUUUAAUUGUGUGUUUUGUUGAAGUGUACUAAUUCUAGUAGGUAGGUGGUGCAGUGGGUAGAUUGGAGUCUGGAAGACUUGAAUUCAAUGAGAGGCAGUCCCUUAUUGGGCAUGAGAGAACUCAUUCUGGAGUGAAACCCUUUAAAUGUAAUGAAUGUGAAAAGGCCUAGACUUACUUACUAGCUGAGUGACCCUGGGCAAGUCACUUCAUCCUGUUUGCCUUAGUAUCUUUGCCAAGAAAACCCAAAAUGGGGUCACAAAGAGUUGGAUAUGAAUGAAACUGAACAACUAAUUCUCCUUGACUUGAGUUUUCCUUGGAUGACAUAUUGGUGGAAGCAACCGUAUGAUGGGGUUCCAUGAAAAGUGUUGCAAGUUCCAAAGCUAGGAAUGGAAUCCUGUGGACCCAAUACCUGUUCUUAUAGAGGACACCUUUUGUGCAAAUGGAAAAUGUUGGAACUAUGCAAUGCAGUAAGGUACCAGGACCUAAGUGCCAAGUAACAGUUGGUGCUACUGAAGGCAUUUUUCUCUAUCACUAUGAAAGCACUAGAUGACAUUGGGGGGGGGGAGUGUUAAUACUUGGGUCAAGCGAGAACUCUAAACUGAUGCAAGCAUCCUACUAGCCCAAAAAACAACUGAUGUUUAUGAUGAAAGGCUAGGUUUUGUGCUCAGUCUUUAAAGGAAUAUGCAACCAGAUUAUUCAAUUGACUUUCAAAGUACCAUCAAGCCUUUGGAACUUUGGUGUAUACACUUUUUUUUUUUAAAUUUCUGAAAGGAGGUAGGAAAAAAGAUAGCAUUCUAAUAGUGCUGGACCAGUUUCACUAUAGAUACUCACCCAGUGACCCAAAUUACUCAACAGUUGCAAAAGCAUAUGAUAUAUGAGAUGAAUAUUUCUCUACGUAGCAAGCACUGUUGCCUAUAAGCAAAAGAAGCAGACUCCUUGAUGAGAAAGAUUAAAAUAGUAGUGAUGGAAAUUCAGCCCAAUGGGCUCUAGGAAGAGCCCAUGUGCCAUGUAAUGAUAAUCCACUGGAAUUAAACGAAUGCAGUGAUGAUGCAGGUACUUAGACUCUGCUAAGAACGAUGGUGUGUGUUUGUAACUACAUGAGGGUCAGGGGUCUUUCCAAAGGGAGAUAGAGGUGCUGAACAUAGAAUUAACUCUUUCUUGCAUAAUACUUGAACUAUAGGGAAUCCGUGACUUAAUAAGAAAGGUAGGUAAUGUGGUAGUGUGGGAAGGAUGCUAGAUUUGGAGCGUGAGGACCCAGGCUCCAAUCAUGGCUCGGCCCAUGUAUUCCAUUUGUGACCGUGGACAAGUUUCUUGACUUGUUUGGGCUUCCUUUCCUCAUCUGUACAAAAGGAGUGGUUGUGCUACAUGUCCUCUGAGGUCCCUUCCAGUUUCCAAGCUACACUCCUAUGGAUGUUCAACCGGUGACAAAGCUAACAGUAUAUUUUCUAGCAAUGGGAUCAGUGCUUACACGUUUAACCAGAUGACCCCCGUUGUUGAAGUGAAUGUAAUGGUUGCUUUGUAUGAACAGGCAUUUCUUAAGUGCCCACUACAUACUAGUACCUCCUCACCGUACUAGCAACAUAGGUAGGUCCCGAUUAGUGCAAAGAAUGAAUCCCACGCAGUCGUCACAUUAUUCACAUUCACACUAUUCAAAGUUUUGUGUAAAAUAUGUUCAUUGGUUCAGCCCAAUGGAAAUAUGCAAUGAAAAUUUUUUAAAUAAGUUUUUUUUAUCUUUUUAUUAAUGUAAUAUAACAACAGAGACAAAUGUAUUUUGAAU